UGACUCCGGUGUUUGCCAGCGUUCCCAGUGACAUGACAGUGGAGGUUGGCACAAACGUGCAGAUCCCAUGCAGCGCUCAAGGAGAGCCGGAGCCAGUAAUUACAUGGAAUAAGGAUGGAGUACAGGUAACUGAGAGUGGAAAAUUUCAUGUUAGUCCAGAGGGAUUUCUUACCAUUCGCGAUGUUGGAACAGCUGAUGAAGGUCGAUAUGAAUGUGUUGCCCGGAAUACCAUAGGAUACUCCUCUGUUAGUAUGGUGCUUAGUGUUAACGUCCCUAAUGUCAGCCGAAAUGGAGAUCCUUUUGUACAAACAUCAAUUGUGGAAGCAAUUGCGACUGUUGACAGAGCAAUAAAUUCAACACGUACACAUCUGUUUGACAGUCGUCCUCGUUCUCCAAAUGAUUUGCUAGCCUUAUUUCGAUACCCAAGGGAUCCAUACACUGUUGAGCAAGCAAGAGCUGGGGAAAUAUUUGAAAGGACAUUACAGCUUAUUCAAGAUCAUGUACAGGAUGGUCUAAUGGUUGACUUGAAUGGAACAAGUUAUCACUAUAAUGACCUUGUAUCCCCACAGUACUUGAAUCUGAUAGCUAAUCUCUCAGGUUGUACAGCCCAUCGACGAGUGAACAACUGCUCAGAUAUGUGCUUCCACCAGAAGUACAGGACACACGAUGGAACAUGCAACAACCUUCAGCAUCCCAUGUGGGGUGCUUCUCUGACAGCCUUUGAACGUCUGUUAAAGUCCGUCUAUGAAAAUGGAUUUAAUUUGCCUCGGGGAAUUGAACCCAGGAGGCUCUCUAAUGGCUACGCGCUCCCAAUGCCUCGCUUGGUUUCAACUACUCUGAUCGGAACAGAAACAAUAACUCCUGAUGACCAGUACACUCACAUGCUCAUGCAGUGGGGUCAGUUUCUUGACCAUGACCUUGACCUCACUGUGGCUGCCCUAAGUGAGGCCAGGUUUUCAGAUGGUCAGCAUUGCAGUUCAGUUUGUACAAAUGAUCCUCCAUGCUUUUCGAUCAUGAUACCACCAAACGAUCCCAGAGUUCGAAAUGGUGCACGCUGCAUGUUUUUCGUACGCUCCAGUCCAGUUUGUGGAAGCGGCAUGACAUCCCUCCUGAUGAAUUCUGUGUACCCACGAGAACAGAUCAACCAGCUGACUUCAUACAUCGAUGCAUCCAAUGUGUAUGGCAGUUCGGACCAUGAAGCAUUAGAAAUCAGAGACUUGGCAAGCCAAAGGGGUCUUCUGAGACAGGGCAUCGUACAGAGAUCUGGCAAGCCCCUUCUUCCAUUUGCUACUGGCCCGCCAACAGAAUGUAUGAAAGAUGAAAAUGAGAGCCCAAUUCCCUGCUUUUUAGCUGGUGAUCAGCGUUCUAACGAGCAGCUGGGUCUUACCAGCAUCCAUACAUUGUGGUUUAGAGAACACAACAGAAUUGCCACAGAGCUACUGAAACUCAAUCCACACUGGGAUGGUGACACAAUAUAUCACGAAACACGCAAAAUUGUUGGUGCAGAAAUGCAACACAUAACAUUUAGCCACUGGCUACCUAAGAUCUUUGGAGAGGUAGGCAUGAAGAUGCUUGGCGAAUAUAAGGGUUAUGAUCCCAGUGUUAAUUCUGGCAUAACUAAUGAGUUUGCAACUGCCGCUUUUAGGUUUGGUCACACACUCAUUAAUCCUUUUCUGUAUCGACUGGAUGAAAACUUUGAACCUAUUCCACAAGGCCAUCUACCUCUUCAUAAGGCAUUCUUCUCUCCAUUUCGGAUUGUAAAUGAAGGAGGCAUUGAUCCACUUCUAAGGGGAUUGUUUGGUGUUGCUGGUAAGAUGCGUGUCCCAUCACAAUUACUCAAUACAGAAUUAACAGAAAGACUCUUCUCCAUGGCACGUACUGUGGCUUUAGAUCUGGCAGCUAUGAAUAUUCAGAGAGGCAGAGAUCAUGGAAUACCUCCCUACCAUGAUUUUAGAGUUUACUGUAAUCUUUCUUCAGCUCAGACUUUUGAAGAUCUGAAAAAUGAAAUUAAGAAUCCUGAAAUCAGGGAGAAACUUAGCAGGUUGUACGGUUCCCCACUGAACAUAGACUUAUUUCCUGCUCUAAUGGUAGAAGACUUAGUGCCAGGGAGCCGACUGGGGCCAACUUUGAUGUGUUUGUUAAGCACACAGUUUAGGCGUAUUCGGGAUGGAGACAGGUUAUGGUAUGAGAACCCGGGUGUGUUCACGCCUGCUCAGCUUACUCAGAUCAAGCAGACAUCUCUUGCCAGAGUUUUGUGUGACAAUGGUGACAACAUAACCAGGGUACAACAUGAUGUCUUUAAGGUGGCUGAAUUCCCACAUGGAUAUAGUAGCUGUGAAGAAAUUCCUAAACUGGACCUCAGGAUGUGGCAAGAUUGCUGUGAAGGUCUGUAUACAG